AUGAGUAACACGAGUCUUAUCACUACUGCCGUCGGCUGGACUAUUGUCUUCGGCGCGGCAGGUGCAUACUAUAUGAUCAACUCGAAAUCUAAGAAUAAAAUUAAGCCCCAAACUGCCAUUAAGCAAACGAGCAAGGUUGUUGAAGAUCGCAAAGAGCCAAAGUCCAAGAAAUCCAAGAAGGAUGGUGGAUUGAGCAGUGGUGAUCAGGACAACAAGUCUUCUACCAAAGCUACCAAAGCUGCAAAGAAAGCUCCUGCUCCACAGAAAACCGAGCCCAAGCAGGAUACUGUUAAGCCUGUCGCCGAUGACUCCGAUGAUGACAACGAUAUUGAUGCGGAGAAUAACCGCAAAUUCGCUCUUCAAUUCGCCAAAACUCAGGCUGGUACUCAAUUCUCUGGUAAAUCUUCUACAACUGCAACUCGUCAAAAGUCUGUCAAACAAUCUCGCGCACAAGAAAAGGCAAUCAAGGACUCUGGAAAUAUCACUGCUGGCGAUGCCGACGAUGAUCAAUCCUUCACUGAUUCUCCUGAAGUCGGCCCAACUAGCGUUACUUCUCCCGUCUCAAGUGGUAUCGCUGAUAUGCUUGAACCUGCUGCUCCUGGUCCAUCUGUUUUGAAAGUCACUGCACCCACCAACCCUAAGCCAGCUAAGAAGGAAACAACUAAAGCUGCUCCUCAACCAGCCGAAACUAAGAAACAAAGACAAAACCGCGCCAAGAUCGAAGCUGCUAAACUCGUAAGAGAACAAGAAGAAAAGGAACGCAAGGUCAAGGAGGAACAGCAACGUCGUACCGCUAGAGAAGCCGAGGGUAGAGCUGCCAAGGAUGGCAGUCAAUUCAUGGCCUCCCAACAACCUACUGACUCUGCUUGGACUGCCUCCCCUGCUGCCAAUGGAUCAAAUGCUUCUGGCGUCAACACUGGCAAGUUCGAUUUACUUGACACCACCGAGGAUAACACCAACAAGAAGGUUAACGCUGCUGCUCCAAUUGAGAACUUCUCGGAGAGCGAAGUUGUAGGCAGCCAAUGGCAAGGGUAUGGGGGUGAUUAUGAUGAGAGUAUCAAGACUGUCAUUGAAGAUUCUCGUGAGUGGGAACAAGUUCAAAGCAAGAAGAAGAAGAUCAAGAAGGAGAAGAAAGAAAGCAACGAGACGGAGGUUGCUGGAACUACCAGCUCAACUGAUGAGAAAGAUUACACCAUUCCACCAAAGACUGCUAGAAGUGGUCCAGGACAAAAGUGGACUGCGGAUCUCACUUAUGUCGACAAGGAUGAUGUUGUACAUGAGGUUCAAAAAGAAGUUCAGGAUUCUGAAUGGGUGGUUUCAUAA